CGACGCCGGGCCCGGCGCGGACAUCGACGGGCCCGAGCCCGCGAGUGUGAAAGGAGCCGGCGACUAGCUCCCAAGGGCCCCAACAGGCGGGCACGCGGCUCGGGGCCCUUCGGCAGAGGACUCGUGACCUUCUCAGCAGGGUCGCCAUGUCCUCGGUGUUCGGGAAACCCCGCGUGGGCAGCGGGUCGCAGAGCGCGCCUCUCGAGGUCAACCUGGCCAUCCUGGGACGCCGCGGCGCUGGCAAGUCCGCUCUGACCGUGAAGUUUCUGACCAGGAGGUUUAUCAGCGAAUAUGACCCCAAUUUGGAGGACACCUACAGCUCCGAAGAGACAGUGGACCACCAGCCUGUCCACCUGAGGGUUAUGGAUACUGCAGACCCGGAUACCCCCAGGAACUGUGAGCGCUACCUGAACUGGGCCCACGCCUUCCUGGUGGUAUACAGCAUGGACAGCCGCCAGAGUUUUGAGGACAGCAGCAGCUACCUGGAGCUGCUUGCUUUGCACGCCAAGGAGACACAGCGCAGCUCCCCUGCCCUCUUGCUGGGCAACAAGCUGGACAUGGCCCAGUACAGGCAGGUCACCAAGGCAGAGGGUGCAGCCUUGGCUGGCAAGUUUGGGUGCCUGUUUUUCGAGGUCUCUGCCUGCCUAGACUUUGAGCAUGUGCAACAUGUCUUCCACGAGGCCGUGCGGGAGGCACGGCGGGAACUGGAGAAGAAUUCCCUGCCCCGGCCCCUCUUCAUCUCCGAGGAGAGGGCCCUGCCACACCAGGCUCCGCUCACUGCCCGGCAUGGGCUGGCCAGCUGUACCUUCAACACACUUUCCACCGUCAGUCUGAAGGAGAUACCUGCCGUGGCCCAGGCCAAGCUGGUCACUGUGAAGGCAUCCCGGGCCCAGAGCAAGCGCAAGGCACCUACCCUGACCCUGUUGAAGGGCUUCAAGAUCUUCUGAGGGCACCCCUAAGGAUCCCAGACUUAGGGGCUGUGCAGGGCUGCAGGAUAGGGGCUGACUUCUCACCACUGGCUUUCCUUCUGAUGGAACAAUAACCCUCGCCCUCUGGCGGACAGUUGAUCCCUCUUCCAGCACCAAGUAAUUUCCCUGACACCCAGUUUACUGUGUGAGCUGGAGGGACAGGCAGAAUGCUGCUCUUAGUCCCUCCAGGCCUUGGUUUCCCCCACCCUGAAGGGAAGUAGCCACAAGACAACACGGAGACCUAGGUCUGGCUGAAGUGGAAGGAAAUUGGAGUGUCCAUCAUGGUGCCAUCACCCCUUCCUGCUCCAGCAACAGCCAGGCCAGAUGUGGCCCCUAGUGGACAGCUCUGGAUGGAUGGUCACCACCAGUAGGCCCUGCGUACAAGGAGGCCGGAGAACAUUCUACAGGAGCAGACUUGAAGUCCUGGCACCACCUAGUGGACGGAAAGGGCAGAGCGGCUACAAGUUUUGGGUGGCCUGAGCCUGGCGCUCCUGUUGUCUUCUGAUUUCACAGAAGCCCCAAGCACCAAGCCCCACAGUUUAUCCAAGUAAAAUCUAGUUUAAAUAAUCCUAUGGGACAGCCUGUGAGAAGCAAAAUUCCCAGGAAGGGCUGUUUCUGGUACUUUGCCUCUCAAUGAGGAUAGAAGGUUGGGGGCUCUAGGUUGCCUAGGGUAGUGAGCAUCCAGUGUUUUAGUCACCAGGAAGCAGACCCGCCUUGUUUUCCCAUCUUAAAUUAAGGAUUCUCUCCACGGACCCUCAGGACCAGCUUCCUGAAGCUUAAUGAUCGAAGCUGCAGAAAAAAGUCAUUCUCUCUAGUGACCAUCACACAGGAUCCAGAGAGCCUGUAACUGGCAGUAUCAGACAUCCGGUGGGCACCGUUAGCCUGUCCCAGGCUCGUAGGCAGAAACACAGUAGAGCAGUUUGUAGUCUGGUCCAGCAAGACCCAGUACCUUUGGCAAUGGGUCUGAAUGUUCAAAGUCCACUUUUGAAAGAUAGAACCUAAAGCAUUUUUGGCCACCAUAGCUUAUACCAUAACACUGUGGCUCAGAUGUGGGAUCAGGACAGCACUCUUGGGAUUCCAUUGUUAGCACAGGGAGCUCUAUAGUUUUCUAACUCUGUUUACCUCAGGGCCCCUAGCCCAAAGGAAAUCUCUCGUAGACCCUCAGCAGGUAAGCAGGUAAAAGAAAUGGUUCUGGUAGGAGGAAGGGGUGGCAAGGGGAUUCUGAGCCCAGAAUCCUGCUCUUGGCAAUUCCAGGAGCUUGGAUUAAGAACAACGGCUCUAGAGGUACCUGGGUGGUUCAGUCAGUUAAGCAUCGGCCUUCGGCUCAGGUUAUGAUCUCGCGGUUUGUGAGUUCGAGCCUCACGCCAGGCUCUGUGCUGACAGCUUAGAGCCUGAAGCCAGCUUCAGAUUCUGUGUCUCUUCUCUCCCUAUCCCUUCCCUGCUUGUGCUCACGCUCUUGCUCUCUCUCUCUCUCUCUCUGAGAAAAAAAAAAUUUUUUUUUCAUAUAAAAAAAAAAAGAAAGAACAACAACUCUAAUCCAGCCUUCAGCCCCAUUAUGUAGAUGGAGAGGUUGAGGUCAGAGAGAGGCUAUGAACUCCUCAAAACCAUACUAGAAGUCGUAGCCUGGCUUCCUGACCCACAGGCCGGCUAUGGAUUUUGCGAUUUUGCUCCAAGCCCCUUGUGUUGAACCACCCCCAUUGGAACCAACUGCAUUUCCAAACGCCCACUUCAGAUGCAUUUUAAUAAAAAAGGAGGGUUUUUUUUUCAUAACAAUAUUUUGAUUGCAGUUCGUUCACUGAAUCUGCUGACAACAUGGGGCAGUGCUCUGGACCCCUCUUAGCUCUCAGAUUCUUGUGGGUCUGGAAGGAGAACCAGUGGCACCUUUCUCCCUUUUAACUCAGUUUCCACCUGGGCCAAAUUUUGCUUUUCUGAGAGCAAAGUCUCUCUUAGCAUGUUCAGGUUGUUGUCCUCUCUGGCUCCGGCCUCAGCCAAGUCUUGGACUUCCAGAGUUGUUGUUUCCGGUUUGUUUUUCCUCAGUAUCUUUUGAUUUCUGGGAGGAGAGAACAUGCUGUUGAAUCGGGGUUCCCUGAGCUGGGGGACUGAGGGGCUGGGGCAAGACUAGGUCUCGCAAGUGGACUAGCGAGGUGGAAAAUCCAGUGGGCAGUUCUGGGAACUGCUGGGGGAGAAAGCCAAGAUAGCAUGAUGUUCUUUUGGCAGAGAAACAGUUUAUACUCACCGGUGCAUCAUCUCCCCAGAUCCUCAUUGCCACCAUGAGCUCAACUAUUAUUGCUACAGGCUCCCCUUCAAGGUGACAUGUGGCUCAAAAAGGUCAAAAAAGCACAUACCUUAGACAUGCAUUUAAGUCUCCUGACUCUGGGUUCCGUGUUCUUUUCGCCAACCCACACAUUUUCUAUCCCAGGACUUCAUUCUACUUAGUGCAGGUCCUUGUUACCCCACACCCCAUCUCCACCCUCAUCCCACCCCAUCCUCAGACAAACUACUUUAGGGAAAUUCCUAAAUAAUCUUCCUGCUUCUAGGUCCUUGCUUUUCCAAACCAGCCCCCAUGCACCAGUCAUGUUUCUAAAACCGCAGCGUGCACACAUCACGCCUUAACUCAAGUAUCUUUAGUGGCUCCCGACUGCCCAUGUCCUUAACCUGGCGUUCAAGACCCAGCCUUCCUUCCGGUAACUCCCCUAAAUGACAUCUCCCUGAAAGUAGUUUUACUCAAGGUACCCCUAGACUUCCUGGCCAGAGUAGAGGGACCGAGCUGUGGUAAGAGCUGACUGCCCAGAGAAUCUGCUUGGGCCCCAGGAGGAAUAGCUCAUUGUCUGCCUUUCCCAUGGACGGCCACUUUGCUCCCGAGUUGACCUUGUUGAGGGCAAUGCCUCCUGACAGGGUAAGAAAGGCAAGGUCACCUUUUUAGAAGCUAUAUCCCUUUGGUUCCUCUUAUGUCCUGCAUCCAGACUAACCUUGCUAAAACAUAAGACUUUCAUGUCCCUGUUCAAAGCUAUUCCCUGGCUCCCCAGUGCCCAUGAGCUAGAACCUGAAUACCUUGGCAUGGCCCCCAGGACCCAUACAUUCUGGGUCCUUCCCCCUUCUUGUCCUCCCUCUAUCCCCAUCCCACUUCACAUGCCACAGCCACAUGGCUGGGCCCUCCUCCUCCAGCAUGUCAAGCUUGAUAUCUGCUGUCCCUCAGUCUGGAAAGCUUCCUUGGCCCACCCUCCCUCUAUCUCUUUGCCCUGAAGGCCCCAGAUCCCACUACUGUGCUCCCACUGUACUCUGUAUGUCCCGUACUGAGCACCUGUCACUCUGAACUACACUUGUCCCUCUACCAAACUGUAAAUUCUAUAAGGCAGGGGCUGAAUCCCUCUUGCCCGUGACUGUGGCUCCCACUCUCAGAACAGAGCUUGGCACUGAGCAGGUGCUCAGCUCUUACCUGAAGAAUGAGUAGUGAAUGAGGCCACAGCAAUUCAUAAGUACUAGUUCUCAGUGUGAACAAAGGGCACUGGGUUUGUUUUUUGUUUUUUACUUUAUAGUAGAACUAUGAAGAAAAUUCAUGCAUAAUAUAAAAGCAUAGAAGGAAGAGCACAGAAGCUAGGCCAACACUUCCUUAGAUCCUCAAUUACCUUAUUCUGUACAAUGGAAAUAAAUAACUUGUGCCUGCCCUACCUUACAGAGCUGUCUUGAGGGUCAAAUGAGAGAAUGUGAAGAUACUUUUCAAAUUGUAAAACAUGAUACAGAUAUGAGGGAAGGGUUCUCAUUAUUUUUGUUUGAAAGUUACUGAUAGUGGUGACUGGUGGGUAUAUAGUAAUUGUUGAAAGAAAAAUGGAAGGGAGGGAGGGAGGGAGGGAGGAAGAUGUGUGAACCAAGCAUUUAUUGAAUCAUUUCUAGAACCCAACACUGCCAGUCGCUUGGGGAAACACAAUUGAGUCAGAUGUGGUCUGUGUCCUCAAGGAGCUCUCAAAAGUCAGCCCUGGAAGUUUAUCAUCCAGGGAAUUUAGCAAAAUGCCAAUGACCACCCCAGACCCUUUGUAUCAGAAUCUCUUACUCACUUGUGAGAGUGGCAGAGCUGGGAUUUGAACCCAGACCUGUGUGACUCCAGAACCAGAGAUCCUGACCUCUGCUUGCUGGCCAGGGACAGGGGGUAGUUUUUCAACAGCUUUGUGUUGUCACAGGACCCCAAAGGCUGCAUUUUGCUGUCCCAAAGGGUGGCUAGCCAAGCCCCUAUGUGACCCCUCCCUAGAUUUCCCCACCUCCCCAGAGACCACCCCUAGGCCAGCUCCUCACCUGUUUGCCUGGAUGCUCUUUCUCAGGAGGACAAUGCUUAUCACAAUCACCACACCCACCAGGGCAAAGAUGGAAUAAUUCCAAGGAGAUGCUGGGGAAGGACACACAGAAUGGAGCCUUGAGGAGAGGCUGGGUGCCCCUCAGGCCCACCAACAGUUGGGGCUUGGGCUCAGCCUCAGCUCACAGCACUAAACGUCCUCUGCUGUAAGGCCGGGUGUUGUAGAGAGACCCCUGCCCUGCAGGAACUCAGUUGUGGGGGAGAGAGACUGGGAGGCAUGAUUUCUGCUCUACAGAAGCCCUAAUCUAAAGAGGGACAGCACGGCAGUUGAAUAAUCGUGUGGAAAGCGGGGUGUGGGUGGACAUAAACUUCACACUCUUCAGAGUUGUGCCAGAGGCCAGCCCUGUGCAGUGCGAGGAAAGGAAGGAAGGAAAGGAGGCUGGGGGUGGGAAGGAAGGGAUGGCUGUAAAACUGUUCCACAACUGCCGAAAGAGAACACCUGAAGUGGCUAAUCUGAAUUUGGAUAAUAAGAUCUGUCCACACAGUGCCAAAGUGAGGCAGAGUCCAGCCUCAAAGCUAUUGCAUUAGCUGUUCCCCUGCCAGGAAUGUUCUUCCCACACAUAAUCUGCGUGGCUAAUCAUUUCAUCUCCUAUAAGCCUUUAUGCAAACAAGAGCAUCUUAGUGAGGCCUUCCUUGACCAUAGUACCUACACUUCUAUUCCCUUUCUGUGCUUAGUUUUUCUCCUUAUUACUCAUCACCAACAUACUAUGCAUUUUACUUGUGUGUCUGGUUUCUUUUCUCUUUCAUUAGAAUGUAUGCUCUAUGAGGGCAUGGACAUUUGUGCUUUAUUCACUGCUGUAACCUCAGUGCUGAGAACAGUGCCUGCUGCACAGAAGGAACUUAAUAAAUACUUGUGAACGAUUGAA